AUGCUUCCUCUCCUGGCUCGAGGAACACCGGAAGAGCGUCGCAGCUUUCACGUUGAGACCGUGACCCCGCCCCAGACCGUCCGGAAGCCGCCCCGGAAGCAAGUCUCUAGAGCGUGCGAGCAUUGCCGUGUUCGUCGCGUGAAAUGCGAUCAGGGGCGGCCUUGUAGGCCUUGCAGACAAAAGGGAUUGGAGUGCAAUAGCAGGGGCAAGCAUAAUGACGAAGCUCGUACCUUGCCUCAAGCUUUGAGAGAAAUUGAGAGACUCAGGAUUCGAGUAGAAGAACUUGAGGCUGAGCUCAAGGAAGCACGUCACCAACAGAGCUCUGUGUCGGUCGUUGCAGGCACAUCUCUUCCGACCCCUUCGCAAUUAACCCCGUCAACCAAAGGCGACCAACCCACCAAUCCACAUAGCUCCAGUCGUGAUCUUGUCCCUCCAACACCGAAAGUCGAAUGGGAAGGCAUCUACACUGCAACGGCACGUUCAGAGCAGACAUCCUACUAUGGACCCUCCUCGGCCUUCUACUUUGUCGGGAGAAUCGGGUCCUUUUUGAGCCAGACUCUCCAGCAGUCCUUCCACCUUCGAUCCAUGCAGCCAAGGGGCGUGAAUAAGACACUGGACCAUCCUAAUAGCCCUGGAGAUGUGGAGCCAGAUACGGCCCAUCGGACUGAAGCUCCCAGGCCGUCCAUGUCGCGCACGCAGGAGGAAUAUUUUCUCAACCUGUUCUGGGAGUCGCACCACACCAACACUCCGGUUAUAGAUGAGGGCGCGUUUAGGAAGCACUACAACGAGUUAUGGCAGAACUCAAGGCCGUACAGGAAGCCAUCUGCCCUCGUUGAUAUUGUCCUAGCCGUCUCCAUGCAAUAUGGAUGGGCGUUCCUCCUCCAAGACACUGCUCACAACGCGACAAGAAAUGGCCGGUACGACGACGCAAGCAUCGCUGGGAGAUGGUAUUAUCGGCGGUGUCAGAGUCUCAUCGCCGCCGAGUUGGAGAGCCCCUCAGUCACGACCUUGCAAUGCCACCUACUCUCGGUUGUCUACCUCUGCUGCGCAUCCUUUCAGAACAUGGCACACACGGCCUUGGCGGUAGCAGUUCGCACGGCACAGAUACUUGGACUCCAUCUCGAACCUCUGGAAUCCAUGCCGCAUGGAGAAAGGGAGCUGCGCAAGCGAAUCUGGUGGGUUGUAUACACUAUCGAAGUCAAGACUUGCAUGAAGCUGGGCCGGCCAUUCUCGGUGCAGAAAUCGCAGACGACCGUCUCAAUGCCGUCUGACAGUGUCGAAGCGGCUUCACUAUGCGACUCCACUUUGGAGUCCUAUGAUAAUGAAGUGACAUGGCUCACCUAUUCGUGCCAAACGCAAACGUUUGUUGCUACCACUGUUGACGUGUAUAACGACUUGUACGACAAAUGCUCCGAGAUCCUCGGACAACGAGGACAGGGAUCAUUCUAUAAAGAUGCUGGAGGCCUCGAAGCCUGCGCCAAGUUCCUGGCUACCCUGACACCCUCACUUGAAGCCUGGGUUCAUCAGGUUCCCGGCGGGCUGAAGCUGAAGCGACGAGGCGACGGCGAAGCCUUUUCCACUGACCGCUCCGCCAUCGCAUUCGAAGCAUCUGCACCGCUCUGGUUGCAACGCAACCGCAUAUGCCUCGAGCUCAUCUACCACACAAUGUACACCAACCUGUACCGGCCGUUCAUCAACUUCACGCCGUCCUCGAGCACUUACGCGCCAACAGCCGAGCGCCACGCCGCAGCGUGUGUGAACCACGCCAUAGCGCACACGCACAUCAUGCACCAGGUGCUCAAGGAGACGGAUCUUAUGAACGGCUGGCAAGAAUUCUUCCAGUGGCAGUGGAACGCGACGGUCAACAUGGUGGGCUUCGUGCUGGCGUACCCGAUCAACCCCGUGACGGCGAGGGCGCGCGAGACGAUUGAGAAGGCGAUUGAAGUGUUUGAGGUCUACGGGAGCAACUUUGCGGUGGCGGCGAGCGCAGCCAGUGUGACGAGGGACCUGGCAGAAAAGGCAAACCUGUUGGUCAGUCGUUUGAGAAGUGGCAUCACGGCAGAGGCCGGAAUUGGAGCUGAUUCUCGACAAGACGCAUCGGACGCCGGAGAUGUAGAGAACUCCGACGGGCUGGCACUGGAAGGAGACGGACUUGCGGAGUUUAUGGAUUGGGCGUUGACUGUGGAUUCUUUCAAUAGUUUCGAGGACUUGUUUGCAAAUGCAAACGACUCGAUGGAGUGGUGGGGAGUUGGGCCCUUGUGA